AUGAGUAAGAGCAAGGACGAUGCUCCGCACGAGCUGGAGAGCCAGUUCGUGCUGCGGCUGCCACCGGAAUAUGCCUCCACGGUGCGGCGAGCAGUACAGUCCGGGAAUGUCAACCUGAAGGACAGGCUCACCAUUGAGCUACAUGCGGAUGGACGCCAUGGGAUUGUCCGCGUAGACCGGGUGCCGCUGGCGGCCAAGCUGGUGGAUCUGCCCUGCAUCAUUGAGAGCUUAAAAACCAUUGACAAGAAAACCUUCUAUAAGACAGCAGAUAUUUGCCAGAUGCUUGUUUGCACUGUGGAUGGUGAUCUCUACCCGCCUUUGGAAGAGCAAACUGUGAGCACUGACCCCAAGGCAAACAAGAAGAAGGACAAGGACAGAGAGAAGAAAUUCAUCUGGAACCAUGGCAUCACUCUUCCCCUGAAAAAUGUCCGGAAGAGACGAUUCCGGAAGACAGCGAAGAAGAAGUAUAUUGAGUCUCCUGAUGUGGAAAAAGAGGUGAAGCGUCUCCUGAGCACAGAUGCUGAAGCUGUCAGUGUCCGCUGGGAAGUCAUUGCUGAAGAUGAAACUAAAGAAGUAGACAACCAUGGUUCGCUCACCAGCCUGGACAUUUCCUCCCCAGGGAUGUCAGGACAUAAGCAAGGCCAUGGUUCCUCAGAACAUGAUGAACUGCGGGAGAUAUUUAAUGACAUCAGCAGCAGCAGCGAAGAUGAAGAUGAGAGGGAUCAUCAUGAUGACGAAGACCUGAACAUCAUGGACACUGAGGAGGACUUGGAGAGGCAGCUGCAGGACAAGCUGAAUGAGUCUGAUGGGCAGCAACACGAGAACGAGGGGUCCAACCAGAUCGUCAUGGGGAUCCAGAAACAGAUUGACAACCUGAAAAGUAAACUCCAGGAGACACAGGACAGGAGGAAGCGCCAGGAAGAUCUCAUCAUGAAAGUGGAGAACCUAGCCCUUAAGACCCGUCUCCAGGCUGUGCUGGAUGAGUUCAAGCAGCAAGAAGAGCGAGAGAAGCAGCAGAUGACAUCCCUGCAGGAGCAGCUGGAGUCCCUCAUGGAGAAGUGA